AUGUCUCAAGACCACUACCAGAGCGGCAACAAUUCAUUCGACGAUAGCCUCUACCUUGGCAUUGGAGGUCUAGACAUACCAUUGCUCCAUGAAGCUCAAUUUCAGACAACUAUGGAUAACGAGGGCGCAGUGCUGUCUGCCAAUGGCGACCCUGUGUACUUUGCUCAACCUGGCAUACAAGACUAUGGCAUAGGGAACUAUCAGCCGAAUGAGGUUCCUCUAUAUGCACCUGACGAUGGUCAGCAUCAACACGGGUUCGAUGGAUACAGCCAACCCAUGCCCGAGCAGCCUUCAUCCCAAUAUUAUGCAGGUACCCCACCUCCUCGUUAUUCUUCCAUAGAGCCUGCCAGCGCUACGAAUACGCCAACACACUUGGUGGACGUAGACUCGCCAUUCGACCCCUGUUACCGUUACAUGACACCCAGCCCACCGGCACCCUGUCAAGCUGAUGCAAUAACUCCAGUUCAACCCAACCAUUUUGGACUGAAAUUCCGGAAUCUGGCAGAAGCGAAGGCUAGCAUGCUCAACCGCUAUAUCGAAAAGGACUGGGUACCGCCUGCUAAUGACAGCACUAUUCCGACUACUGCCUAUGAACGCGCUGGACACGUCGCCGAGCUACUAGAAGCAAUGAAAGACACUUCCACCUGCCCGGACAAGCAAGACAAGGGCCGAUUUCUAAAACGAUUGACUCCAGGUGCCAAAAAGGCGAUUUACAAAGAGCAGAUGGAGAAGGUGUGCUGGCAGCUAGUUGCCACCGCUGAGAAACUACAUGUCUUCGGCCCGAAAUCAUUCUCCAUCUACGACUCGACACCUCUGGAAACGAUGUGGUCAUCACGCAACCUUACCUUUGGUGAGCGUAUAGAAAGUCUCUGUGCGCUCUUACGGCUUUCCAAGAGCCGGUGCUUCUCGCUGCUCAAGGGUGAGAAUCUUGAAACCACUGUGGGUGCGGCCCCUCAGAAAAUUACGGGCACGAUCCUGAAUAAUGGACAGAAUGAGAACCGCCAGAAGUAUAUCGCAGAAGGUCGGGUGAGUAUGAAGGGGAAAAAGGCAACGACGUCACCGGAAGAUCAAGCCUCAGACACGGACGGUGAUGAGGAACUCGAUCCAAGUGUCGCAAUGAGCCUGCCUUCUAACGAACCUGAGGAAGAGUUAGAUCUAAAUGUCGCGACGAUCCUGCAAUCACCGGAGCCUCUGCCACCUGCCAAUGUUGAAACGAGUAUUGUCGGUGGCUUUCAAUCGAACAAUACCCAGACCGUCUCUCAGUACGCGGGCGACAAUGGCGGGCAGUACGAGAACAACCAGCAUGUCACUGGGAACUCUUACCAUCAUGGCCCUCAACCUGUCUUCCAUCACGAUCGGCCCUCGCCUGGGAUGCUAUCACCGAACAUGCUUUCGCCAUCCGCCUCACCCAAUCGAGUGUUGAAACGCAAUGCCGAAGACGCGCAGCUCGGCAUGGGUCCAUAUGCACCGGUUCAGCGCCCACGAUUUGAUGAUCAAGAGACCUCCUGGCAAUGA